UCAACGGACCCAGCCGGCUUCGCCCCCGUUCCCCCAAACCCCAGCUAGCAUUCCCCGUUCCGGCGCCGCCGACGAACCCGUGCUCCGCCAGCGAUGGCCGCCGCCGCCGAGGACGACGUCGCUCCACCCACCGCCUCCGGCUACCUCGACCCCUCCUACUGGGACGAGCGGUUCGGGAAGGAGGAGCACUACGAGUGGUUCAAGGACUUCUCCCACUUCCGCCACCUCCUCGCGCCGCUCCUCUCCCCGUCCCUCUCGGUCCUCGAGGUCGGCUGCGGCAGCUCGCGGCUCGGGGAGGAGCUCCUGCGGGAGGGCGUCGCCGGCGGCAUCACCUGUGUCGACCUCUCCCCCGUCGCCGUCCAGCGGAUGCGCGACCGCCUCGCGGCGCAGGGCACCAAAGGCGUGGAUGUUGUGGUGGCCGACAUGCUUGACCUGCCGUUCGAGCCAGAGAGCUUUGACCUCGUGAUCGAGAAGGGCACCAUGGACGUAUUGUUUGUGGACAGUGGUGAUCCAUGGAACCCCAAACCUACAACAGUAAAUAAUGUGAUGAAAAUGCUUGAAUGUAUGCACAGGGUUUUGAAGCCAGAAGGCAUAUUUGUAUCAAUUACCUUUGGACAGCCACACUUUCGACGUCGAUUUUUUGAAGCUCCCGAGUUUACAUGGUCUGUUGAGUACAGUACCUUUGGUGACGGCUUCCAUUAUUUCUUCUACACACUUAAGAAGGGCAAGAGGUUACUGGAGUCCAAUAAUUACCAAAAUAUAAUACCUGCUGCUCCAAUAAUAAAUAUGGUCCGUGAAGAGCUCGAGAGCGAAGAUUUUAUAUUCCGCACAAAUGUUGAUGAGUUGUGAGUGGCAUGUUAAAAAGCGGCUGCCUUGAUCUUUGAAGGUUUGAUGAAGGUAUGAAGCUAACACAUCAAAAGAGGGACCAGUACCGCGUUGGUAAUCCCACAAUGUUGUCUGUACAAUCUUUUGGAGCAGUGGAGCCUUAUUGCGCAAUGGCGUGCUAGGGAUCUAUGUACAAUAUGAUUGUACAUUGCGUGCUUGUGUCAACACUAGUUAAGAUAUACUGCGAGACCUUUUUCCCCAUUAAUCCAAUUAUGCCAUGGCAGUUUCAUAGGUACAAAAUCAUAUAUUUAGUGGUACUAUUUACUGGGAGUGAGCCUGCUCUAUUUUGUUUUUGUUUUUGUUUUUAGCUAAGGUGGGAUCUUGGAAAUUGCAUGGCUUGGUUUCAGUCGGAUGCAGAAGAAGCUGAAAGAAAUAUGCGCAAACAGUCCCUGGAGUCCAGCAUUUAUCGAAAUUCACUACCUGCUGCUCCAAGAAUAAAUAUGGUCCACGAAGAGUUCGAGAGCGAGGUGGGCUUGCUAGCAUCAACUACUAGAGAGGAGGGCUGAUGAUUCAUGCUUGGCGUCCACAGAUGAUCAGUCUACAGUUUCUUUUGGUGCUGGUGCUGCGAUGCAGCCAAUCCACAAGAGCUUCCUUAUCCACAUGGUAUAUGUCAAAUAUUUAGAUUCUUUACCAUGCAUGAAUAGAUAGAGGAGAGGGAGGUUGACCAACCAUUGUUCCUUCCUUUAUGCUUGGGUUUUAUUACAGUAAUUUGCAAUUUGCCCCAAUCAAACCCAAUCAUUUGUUCUUAAAUAUAACAAAAAAUUAAUUUCCAAUUCAUUCAUUUAAGAGGGAGGGGAAAACUGUUUGUUCAGAUUUCCCAUGUCUGGGCUUGCUGUAUACAUGCAUGUAACUACCAGAAGUACUAAUAUGUGCAAAGAAACAAAGGCAUUAUUAGUGAGGUCAAGGUACUCGUUUUUUCUGUCUCGUUGUACACUUAGCCAGCCUCUUAGUCAAAGCAACUGUUAUAUUUACUGCUUUAUUAGUUUCACAGGAGUCAUCCAGAAACUAAAUAAGUGAUGGAACCGAUGCAAGGGGAUGACAGAUCAAGGUGGAUAGCACAUAGCAAUCAUAACAUAAAAUGCUUCACAAAACUUGAGAUAGAAAGAAUAACCAACAACUAUAGGACUAUUCUUGGGAGGGGCGCCUUUGGAGAAGUUUACAGAGGUGUCCUGGACAAAAAUAAUGUGGUUGCAGUGAAGAGGUUAGUCUGCAAUGUAGGGAAAACUUUGAUCAAGAAUUUCAUGUCCAUCGUGAAGUUAAUCACAAAAAUGUAGUCAGGCUCAUUGGUUAUUGUGCAGAGGAAAAUGCCCUAAUGAUGGUCACCGAGUAUAUCCCUUAUGGAAAUCUGAAUGGCAUUCUUCACAGCAACAACAGCUUUCCCAUCUCUUUGGAAACACGCCUUAGAAUUGCCACAGAGUGUGCAGAGGCAUUGGCAUACAUGCAUUCUUACAUGUAUACUCAGGUCAUUCAUGGGGACAUCAAGCCUGCUAAUAUACUUCUAGAUGGAAGGCUCAAAGCAAAAAUAUCAGACUUUGGAAUAUCAAGACUAGUCAACGACCCAGAUAAAACCUUGUUCACUCAGCAUUUUAUCGGUAGCAUAGGUUACAUGGAUCCUAUGUUUGCUCGGGAUGGACGUCUCACCGUAAAAAGUGAUGUCUACAGUUUUGGAGUUGUCCUGGUGGAACUGAUCACUAGGAAAAGAGCAGCAACAUCAGGUGGAGAAGUCAACAUUGUUGAUGUAUUUACUGAAGCUCUUGCAAAUGGGGUCAGAGGGGUGAGAGAGAUUUUUGAUGCUGAAAUUGCAAGGCAGAACAACAUGAAGAUUCUUGAAGGGGUUGCAAAGCUAGCUGGUGAAUGCCUGAUGAUGGAACAGGGCAGACGUCCUGAUAUGAUUGAUGUGGUAGAACGACUCCGGACACUUGGUAAAGCUUCACAUCAAGUACAACAACGGGUAGAUUUGUUCCCUUGGGCAAGGAAGAGCAAGCCUACCCCUCCAGCUCUGGUGACGAGUUCUCGCCCUCAGGCCUCUGCCAUCGGUUUUCACUUGAAGAGAUGAAGGUUGCAACAAGAAACUUCGAUGAGUCGCUUCUUGUUAAUCCAGAUGACAUUAUUUUUCCAGUUUACUGUGGUGGGAUUGAUGGGCGAGCAACUAGAGUUGCUAUCAUGCGCCCUAGCUACAGGCAUGACCAUAGAUGCCGGGAAUGUGGAACGUGGCCACGUUCCUCGUUCCAUGUUCCUCGUUCCGGAACGGGAACGGGAACGUUCCGGGAACAAUUUAGUGUAAAAAUUCUUCAUAAACGCUGUUCCUCGUUCCGGGAACGUUCCGGUUCCGGGGACGGUUCCGGGAACAUGGCUACUAAGGGCAUGACAGUGGUGGCCAUGAUUUCCGUUCGGUGAUAGAGAUGAGGUCAAAGCUCAACCAGUCAUAUUGCGCCGCUGAUUGGUUAUUGCGAGGAGGACAACGAAAUGAUCCUGGUGUACGAUUUCAUGGCUCGUGGAAGUCUGCACCAUCACUUGUACGAGGACCAACAGGAGCCGCGUCUUACUUGGAAGCAGCGUUUGGAGAUUUGCAUUGGUGCAGCUCGUGGUCUACACUACCUUCACAGAGGUACAAAGCAUGCCAUCAUCCUCGGGAGCCUGAACUCGACAAAUAUUCUCCUCGAUGAGAAUUUGGUUGCCAAGAUUAUUGAUCGAGGUUUGUCUGGUAAUGCUACAGACCACUGGGUGUUAAGUCUCAGCUUUGCACUAGCACCCACUCGUCAACUAACUGAGGAAUCAGAUGUCCAUGCUUUUGGUGCUCUAUUGUUUGAAGUCCUGUCUGGAAAACCAGGUCGGGUUCUUCCAAGGGAAUACAUGUUAAAGUGGGCGUUGCAUUACAAGCGGGAGGGCAAGCUUGAUCAGUUUUUUGACCCUGCUCUUAAGGAAGAAAUUAAUCUACAAUCUCUCAACAAGUUUGUUGAAACAGCUACGAGAUGUGUUGCUGAUCAGGGCAUUGACCGUCCGUCGAUGGAGGAUGUGAUCUCGGGCCUCGAGUGCGCCCUUCAGUUGCAGGUGAAUGCAGAGGCUAGUGGAAGUGGAAGUUAGGAUAACCUUGGUGGCAGGACGUCAAAGUGUGGCAAGAGCAGGCACAUUUUCAGCAGAACGGAUUCUGAUGAGCUUAUAUCUAUCUCAUUUGCUGUGACUGUAUAUGCAUCAUGAGUUCUCUUGUUUUUGUUUCAAAAGGUAUAUGCAUCAUUAGUUGUUUACACGUAGGGGUGGGUAUUCGGUUAGACUGAACCGAACCGACCAGUUCUUAGUCUUUUUUUGAAAUUCCGUCAAACUAGUGGCAGUGCAAAACAAGAGAAACCGAGUUAUUCAGCUUUGAUCAUUUGGUUUGGUUUUCAGUCAUGAUUGAAAAUGAUCCAACAAUUUUAGGAGAGGGAGAAACCAUAGAAAAUCACAAGGAAAAAUGACCCAACCUAGAAAAACAGCUCAUGACUCUGCGUACUUGAGAGAUCAUGGCAGAGCAAACCGACAGCAGGGGCGGAGCCAAGAAGAAGUCAAGCCCCAAGCUGAAAAGCUGAAAAGCUUUCCUGAAAACUUAUCUAUACCUACCUUCUUGCUAGUUUUAAUAUUUUACCUAGUUUUAGUCUAAUGUACCACCGUGUAAAGGUUUAGCAGAACCCGGACUAGAACAUAGUAGGCAGCAUGGAGCCUGGGUCUGCCACUGACACCAGGUGAGGUGGCCGGGUGAUGUUUUGCUAGUUUACAUAGGUGGGUUAGGUGUUAUUUGGAUCUAGGCUGAAAGUGUUGUUUGCUCUUAUGAGCAUUUUGGUUAACCAAGGGUUAAGAUCGAAUGAUCCGGACUAAAACUUGGUAUCUUCGUGUGGGUUAGUGACAUCUGUUGGAGUUCUGAAUGCUCUAACUAUAACUAUAGUUCAGAGGCUAAGUCCGAAGGGCUCCCGUCACUGUCUAGAGGUCGUGCUUCAAGCAAGCAAAGCGUGUGCUUGGUGCUCGCUGCAACCGCGUGAGCCCGCCAGGAGCUCCGCGAGGCCAAAUACUCAGUGGAACCAAUCUGACGGCAAUGGCACAGAAGCAAACACAAAUAAUUUAAACAGUGGCAGUUAGGGGGAGUGAAGAAUAUUUCAAUGGUUAAGAGAAUUCAUAUAAAUUUCAAUCAUAUUGAGGGAAUUUACUAUUUUUUCCUACUCAUGGAAAAGGUAUUCUUAUGCACUAUCUUGGACGUUAGACUAAUAUUGGAUUGGAACCCACAAAAUGAGAAUCCCAGUACAAAUUAAUGGCAGAACUUUCUUUCCGAUAGUUAGCUUGAUAUACACCUUUCCUUUAUUUGUUUUUUUUUCCAAAUAGUGCUCUUGAUUGAUGAUAAUUCGGAGUUACUGACUAUAACAUAGCACCACAUUUUCGUUUGAGUGUUUAAGUGCCAAGAUGUAAAAUUUGACAAAAUUUGACUCCAUGUCGUUUGAAUAAGUGGCAUGAUUUAAAAUGGCGUGUAUUAAAUCUCAGACACUGUGUUUUGCAAACCCACCAAUAACAAAAAAAAAA